CAGAUGACGAAUAAAACGUGCUCCGGCGGCCACGCCCCUUUCGUUGAAAAACAAAAAAUAAUUAUUAGGACUGCGACGAGGCAGUCGAUCAGCUUUUCUCGGAAGAAAGCCAAGCACCGUGAGUUUUUAGACCGCGGAUACCCCACAGAAUAAAAACCUCCAGUACCAUGACAAUACGUGAUAGUAUCUGAUAGGAACAGAACUACUAUACUGUAAAAUGGCUAGCGAAAUUCAAAGCACCAAGUCGACCUUAACAUGGCCUCUGUUAGCGGCGGCUGUUGUCACUUUUCUGGGGUCAUCGGUGCCAGCAGGGUACAACAUCGGAGUUAUAAACACUCCUCAAUUGAUAAUAAAAGAAUUCUGCAACCAAACUAUCAUCGAGCGGUAUUCGACAGAACUGAGCGAGUACUCGUUGGACAUUUUCUGGUCAUGGGUGGUGUCCGUCUAUAUCAUCGGAGGCACACUAGGCUCGUUUUCCGGGUGCUGGUUUGCAGAUAAAUGGGGACGUAAAGGAGCCAUCCUUGUGAAUAACCUAUUGGGAGCAGUGGCUGCAGCACUUUUUGUUGCAACUCCAAUUGCUAAAUCCGUUGAAAUGCUGAUCAUCGCACGCUUCCUUGUUGGACUUUCAUCUGGACUGACCACAAGCGUUGUGCCAAUGUACAUGAUGGAGGUUGUCACUUUAGACUUGCGAGGGCCUAUGGGAGUCCUUUGCCCGCUCGGCAUUUGCUUCGGCGUUCUUGUGUCACAAAUUUUGGGACUGGAAUUUAUUUUAGGUUCUGCUGAAACUUGGCAUUACUUACUUGGCCUAUACGGAAUCCCAGUUUUGAUCUGCAUGGCGUUUUUGCCUUACCUGCCCGAGAGCCCAAAAUAUUUGUUCGUCAUAAAGAAAGACGAGGACAAAUGCACAAAAGCGCUUUCAAGACUUCGAGGUCUUCCCGAGAGUGCCUUAAAAACUGAAAUCCUAGAAACAAAGGCUGCAAGUCUGAGAGAAAUUAGCGCAGGCCAGUGGGGAAUUGUUCGGUUGAUCAAAUCAAAAUCUCUCCGUUGGCCCCUCAUCUUGGUUUGCGCCAUGCAAGGAGGACAACAGUUGAGCGGCAUCAAUGCUGUAUUUUACUAUUCCGUGCCCAUAUUUCUGAGUGCCGGACUGAACAAAGAGAGUAGCCAGUACGCCAGUAUUGGCGCUGGAGUUGUCAAUUUCCUUGUGGCUGCACUCGCAACUUUCCUCAUUGGUCGAUUCCGUCGGCGCGCCUUGAUGCUUUUUAGCUGCACGACUGUAAUUGUGUGCCUUUUACUGCUGGCUGUUUCAAUUUACUUUAUGGAACAAUUUUCAUGGUUGUCUUAUGUUUCGGUCGUGGCAAUGCUUUCUUAUGUAUUUUUCUAUGGAUUGGGACUGGGACCCAUUCCAUAUUUCAUUGCCUCAGAGCUCUUCACGGUUGGACCUCGCUCGGCUGGAAUGGCGUUGGGGAGCAUGGCUAACUGGGGAGCCAACUUUUUAGUCGGCAUGACUUUCCCUUCCGUAAAAUCUGCCAUCGGCGCUCUUUCAUUCCUGCCUUUUGCCACGUCUACAGUGAUUCUUACUUUUUUGGUUUGGAAAAAACUGCCGGAAACCUUCGGAAUAGAUCCUGCAGGAUCUAAUGAGUUGAGCUCAGAAGAAAUCGCUCUUCAGGAAGAGUCGCCGACCAAAGAAUCCUAAACUAUAUAAUAUAUUUACUUAAAAAAAUCAUGCACAAAUGUUUUUUAUGCCAAAUUUUUUAUUUUUAACUUUAUUCGCACUUUGCACGCUGCCUUGAAUUGGGCUUUCAGAUCUGGCUUUGUUGAAAAUACGCUUUUUUAAUAAAUUUUGUAUACACACUUCCGGA